GUAACAAAAGAAUGCUCCUCUGGAAAUAGGUAAUACACAUUCAAACCAUCCUAGGCAAAUGGGUACUUAUGAAAAUCAGGGCUAAUGAAUUACUUGUGCCUGGUACUCUAACCUAAUACACAAUCCUAUACCUCUAGGCUGGCUUCAUUUGAGGUCAGACACCCAAUUGUCAUUUAAUAGAUUUUUAUAUAUAAUUUAACCUCUGAGGAUGCCUGCCAUAGAUGUCCCCAUUGGGGAGAUGGUGGCGGGGUAUAAAUAAAGUAUUAUUAUUAUUAUUAUUAUUAUUAUUAUUAUUAUUAUUAUUAUGUGGGCGAAACGUCAGGAGAGAAUACUUUUGGAACAUGGCCAUUCAGCCCGAAAGACAUACAACAACCCUAUAAUUUAAUCUGUUUCAUUGGAAGCUACGGCUUAUUUUUACAACAGAAAAUAGGGUACAUUAUUUUGUUUGUUUGCUUUAUAUAAAUAAUAACAAAAAGGAUGUAGAUUUUUAUUUUAUUUAUUUAUACAGGGAAUAUCAACCACUUUAGAUUAUAAACAUAUAACAUAAAUUCAACAAUCGACAAUUUUGUUUUACCAUCCAUUAGAGCAUUCAUGUAUUUCACCCCAUGUUCCUAGAAAAAAUGAGAAAUAAGAUUCUGUUAUGCUAGUUUUAAUUAAUUAAUCUAAUUACUAUAUUUAUAUAUUGGCCUUCUUACCAGAAAAGUGGGGGGGGGGGGCAAUUUGGCUCACAAAUUAUACGUACAUACAAUAUAUUAUAUUAUUACCAUAGUACAAUAUUAACAUCAUAUAUUACCAUAUUGUACUAUGACACUAUACGGUAAUAUUAUUUAUAUAUGUGUGUGUGUGUGUGUAUGUGUAUAAUAUUACCGGUAUUAUAUUGUAAUAUUAAUAUUAGUAUUAUAUUGUACCACAUCAUAAUAUUAUUACCAAUAUUAUAUGUACAUACAAUAAAUUAUAUGUACAUACAAUACUGUAUAUUAUAUAUAAUAUUAUUAUCAAUAUUAUAUGUAUACACAAUAAUGUAUAUUAAAUUGAAUAUUAUAAAGUUUUAAGAGUUUAUUUUACUUACCAAGCCUCCAUGACGGCAAAGCCAUUUAGAUUCAUGAUCUAGCAAGAAUGCUGCGAUGCAUUCAGCUACAUUAUCGACAUGAACUUCUGUGUAGGGCAUUUUUCUGACUAAAAUGCAUCCAAAUAAUAUUAUAGAAAAAAUUCUGCCCCAGUUAAUCUUGCCAUCGGAAAAUGUUUGCUGCAUCACAUGUUGAAGGAUUUCACAGCUCUGUGUGGGAGUGUCCAAUUGCAGAGGUGAUAUUAUAGGAAAGAUCCUGGCAUCCAACUCAUUCAUUUUUUGUAAAGAGAUACAUAUCUCAGUAUCUAAUGAUGUUUUGGGGGCUUUUCCAGCUGCCAAAUUCAGGUAAGAUUGAAUAAUCCUGAACGUUUGUUUUUCAAUUUCUGGUAAUCUGUCAGGGUGGGUCCAAUCCAUGGUGUCUGGCGCGGUUUGGGUCUUGUAUGGAAAUGUGUCUCAGCAAUGAUUGCACAACCUGUUUAAUGCUUGCCUCUUAACCCUCUCCACCUUCUUAGAUUCAACAACUCAAACCAUCAGAAAUGAGCAACAUCAACCAACAUUUCUAUCCUAACGUUCAUAUCCAGUACCCAGCCAUCAUAGAAAAUAUGCCGUUACCAGAUGAAAUUACUUAUGAGGAUGUGCAAAUUUCUCAGCUGGAAGUGGAUGAUGCUCAAAUGAUGGAACAAGCACUUCGUCAUGAGGAUGCUGAUUUCAAGACUGUGGAGAAACCAAAGGCUAUUCCACCAACUUCCAAGCAUGCAGAUAAGGAGACCAACAUGCCCACUCCAAAGACUACCAAUCUAUCAACUUCAAAAACUCGAGGUAAUUGUAUGCCCCACAGAACAUCUCUCUGUAAAUAUGAGAAAUAG